CGGCCACUCAUGAGGCUGGUCACCAUGGGCGGCGCGCCGAUCAUGCAGCAGCUGCACCUGGAGGAACGGCUGCUGCGUCGGACCAGCGACAACUGGUGCAUCCUCAAUGACGGCACGGCUCCUGCCACCAUCGUCAUGGGCGUCUCUGGGAAAGUCUCUGAGCUCGUCGAGAUACAGCCUGUUCUUCGGGACGGUGUGCCGGUGAUAAGGCGCUUCAGCGGAGGUGGCACUGUCAUUGUUGAUCAGGGGACGGUGUUCGUCACCUUCAUAUGCAAUAAGACUGCUGUUGCCGGGCUGCAGCCGUUUCCUCGCGACAUCAUGACAUGGACAGGCCAGCUGUAUGGUAAAGUGUUCCGUGGGUUCGGCGAAUUUCAACUGCGUGAGAAUGACUAUGCAUUCGGUCAUAGAAAGUUUGGUGGAAAUGCUCAGUCCAUAACAAAAGAUCGUUGGGUACAUCACACAUCAUUCUUAUGGGAUUAUGAUGCGAAAAGUAUGAAUUACUUAAAAAAACCACAACGUGCUCCUGAAUAUCGGCAGGCGAGGAACCACAUGGAUUUCCUGUGCCGGAUGAACGAGUACAUGCCAUCACGGUCAGGUUUUACUGAAGGGAUAACCACCGCUCUUAAAGACCACUUUACAGUCCAACACACAGAGCUAGAAACAGCUCUUUCUGAUGACAUUGAUUUCGUGCCUUCUACAAAGAUGUUAUCACCGCAGGACUUGCAAGAUAUUAUCUCCUCAAAAGAAACUCCUACAGUAGAGAGAGUUCAAGGAUGGCCACAAUCAUGAAGACAACUUAUUUUGUGACAUGAUUUGCAUGUCAUGUGGUGAACUCACAUGUU